UCGUCCGGCGCACGCGGGGGGCGGUGGUGGCGGAGGUGCCGCUGGCUGGCGAGGAGGGCUGGGAGCGGCGCUGAGUGCCGGGAGCUCCGCGGAGGAUGAAGUGCCACUACGAAGUGCUCGGCGUCAAGCGCGACGCGUCCGACGAGGAGCUGAAGCGAGCCUACCGGAGGCUGGCGCUGCGCUGGCAUCCAGACAAGAACCUAGAAAAUGCUGAUGAGGCUGCAGAACAGUUCAAGCUGAUCCAAGCUGCAUAUGAUGUACUAAGUGAUCCUCAAGAAAGGGCAUGGUACGACAAUCACCGGGAAGCUCUGCUGAAAGGAGGGGUCGAUGGGGAAUAUCAGGAUGACAGUCUGGAUGUGCUCCACUACUUCACAGUGACCUGUUACUCUGGCUAUGGAGAUGAUGAAAAGGGGUUCUAUGCAGUGUAUCGACAUGUUUUUGAGAUGAUUGCAAAGGAAGAAAUGGAAGCCAUGCCAGAAGAGGAUGGUGAAGAAUUUCCAACAUUUGGAGACUCUCAGAGUGACUACGGCACUGUAGUACAUUGCUUUUACGCUUACUGGCAGAGUUUCUGUACACGGAAGAAUUUUGCAUGGAAAGAGGAAUAUGACACAAGGCAGGCCUCAAACCGGUGGGAGAAGCGGGCAAUGGAAAAGGAGAAUAAGAAAACCCGGGACAAAGCGAGGAAGGAGCGGAAUGAGCUGGUCCGCGAGUUGGUGGCUUUUGUUCGGAAAAGGGACAAGCGCGUGCAAGCCCAUCGGAAACUUUUGGAAGAACAGAAUGCUGAGAAAGCAAAGAAGGUGGAGGAGCUCCGGAGACAGCAAAAACUGAAACAAGCCAAGCUGGCCGAACAGUACAAGGAGCAGAGCUGGAUCACCAUGUCUGAUCUGGAACGAGAGUUGCAGCAGAUGGAAGCACAGUACCAAAAGGAGUUUGGUGAUGGAUCUGAUGACGGGGAUGAAGUGGAGGAGCAAGAGGAGAAGGAAAGGCCAGAUGAUAAAUUAAGUGAAGAGGGUGGCGAUGCUGAAUUUUAUGAUGAACUGUAUUGCCCUGCUUGUGAUAAGUCCUUUAAGACUGAGAAAGCCAUGAAGAACCAUGAAAAAUCCAAGAAGCACCGAGAAAUGGUCGCCUUGUUGCGGCAACAGCUAGAGGAGGAAGAGGAGGAAUUUUCUCUUGCUGCAGCUGAUGAGAAUGGAUUGGACAGUAAAGAGGAAGAAGAGACCGAAGACAUUCCCAAACAAAAGCUCUCCAAGAAACAGAAGAGGAAACAGAAGCCAGUGGUGGUGCAAGAAGACCCUUUCCAAGAUGAAAUGACAGAGCAACAAGUUGAUGAGACAAGACAGGCUUGCAAUGACAAGCACGAUGGUGAGACAGAAGUAUCAGAAAAUAUCAGUAAAAGCUACAGUACAGAAGAUGCAAGUGCUGGAGAAACUGUAGAAUCCACAGUGGAAUCCAAAACAGAGGUGAAAAGCAAUCCUAAAGCAAGAGGGAAGAAAGCGAAAGAGACAAAGAAAACUUCUGCAAAGAGUUCUUCAGAGCAUCAAGCAGUGCGAGAUGCCCCCCUCCAGUGUGUCACCUGUCAUUGUGAAUUUCAGUCCCGGAAUAAGCUGUUUGAACACUUGAAGGCUACGGGUCAUGCCAAGGCAGUGCAAGCACCAGCUGUUAAUGGACCCUUGAGCAGCAGCAGAAGUAAAAAAGAAAAACGGAGGAACAGAUAGACCAUCAAGAGCACUGCUGGUUCCUUGGACUUCUGCAACUCAGAAAGGCCCCUUGAUCAUCCAAAGAGACAUGGGAUUCCUACCAUGAAUUGAAAGUGGGCCAGGAACUCCUCAGUCCAACAAGAAUACCUGUUGUGGCACAUGUUUUAAAAUGGCAUCCCACCUGGUACACAUUUGUGUAUGCACUUUUUAAAGAGAAACUGGCCUCUCCCUAAUGGCCACAUAGUAGCUGCUCACAUCUCUGGCGCAAAAUUUGGCAGUUCUCCCCCACCUCCCAAAAGCACAGGUUUCUUCUAAGAAUGUUCUUCCCCCUUAAACUUAAACUUAAACUUGUAAAGACAAACAUGUAUAGGAAGAAGAAAUAAAUUAUUUUGCUGUA